ACAACUGUGGAAAUGAUCUUGGAUUAUGACUUUAGUGAAGCAAUGAAGGAAGGAGGUGGCAUCUCCUCCACUGGUGGUUGGUAAGGAUGGGUUAGAAGAACUGCUGCUGUGUUUGUCACGGGCACGUCCCACCCUGCAGGUCCCUGCAGACCUCUCCCGAAACCACAGCCCUUGCACAACGAGGUUCACGGUGGUUGCAGCUUGGGGACCAUCAGUCAAAAUCCAGCAGCACAAAUAUUUUUCCAUGCACGACAUUCCCAAUGGCCACUUGGUGGUUUCUUACCCACACUUGUUGGCCACCAAGGUGAUCGGUUUGCGGUCCCUCAAGGACCGGCAGUGCAUGGGUGAUGUUUAUGUUGGUUAUGCUGAAACCUCAUAACGCUAUGAAUUGGGUCAAAUCCUGUUUUCUCCUGCACUGUGCCAUUGCUGCUGAAGAACAAACCUUGCGUUGGAGGGAAGAUAAACUAAUGGAGACUGAACAGAUGAAGGGAAGGGAAAGGAAGGAUGAUAUAACAUGCGAGCAAGUGGCGCUGGGGUAGAAUUAAUAGCAGUGUUGCUAAAUAUAUGCUUUGGAUGGAUUUCAUUUUUAACUUUGGGCUAAGAUAAAGGCUGGCACAGCUGGUAGGAAAGGAGUUUUCUCACCCCUCCGUAAACUUCUACAUUCCACUGAAGCAUUUGCAAAACUUAACUCUUUGUGCUUAACUGAGCUGCCUCAAACACGCAUCUAGCGGUAGGCUUCUUUGGUACCUGCUGUAAAAAAAGCUAUGCUGUCAAGGACUUUUAAUGAUGAUCUCGGCUUAUGGUGUUAUAAACACUAUUCCUCCUCAUUUUUUCCUUAUAAAAAUAACUAAAUUAGAAGGAACUUCUUUCAGAAACUAAUUCUAUAUAUCCCUUCCCUUCUUUCCUUAGCAGCAUCUGAUGCUGAAGUGUACUUGUGCCCAGGCAGUCACAUGUGCAUGUGGAUGAGGGAGCAGCUGAGGACACUCACACUGCAUCCUGUUUGGUGCCAGUUUUUGGAGUUUAGGUUGGCGAACACCAGCUGACUGGGCACAAAGUAGCAGUAAAAAUACUCAACAGGCAGAAAAUCCGCAGCCUGGAUGUGGUUGGGAAGAUCAAACGGGAAAUUCAAAACCUUAAACUCUUUCGGCACCCUCAUAUUAUCAAACUGUACCAGGUCAUCAGCACGCCAACGGACUUCUUCAUGGUCAUGGAAUACGUAUCCGGUGGUGAACUGUUUGAUUACAUCUGUAAGCAUGGACGUGUUGAAGAGGCAGAAGCUCGACGCCUUUUCCAGCAGAUUCUCUCUGCAGUGGAUUAUUGCCACAGACACAUGGUAGUCCACCGAGACCUGAAACCAGAGAACGUGCUGCUGGACGCACACAUGAAUGCAAAGAUAGCUGAUUUUGGAUUGUCCAACAUGAUGUCAGAUGGCGAAUUCCUACGCACCAGCUGUGGCUCCCCAAAUUACGCAGCCCCUGAAGUCAUCUCUGGAAGGCUGUAUGCUGGUCCAGAGGUGGACAUCUGGAGCUGCGGUGUUAUCCUCUACGCCCUUCUCUGUGGCACUCUGCCUUUCGACGACGAGCACGUCCCCACUCUCUUCAAGAAGAUCCGGGGAGGUGUGUUUUACAUCCCAGAAUACCUCAACCGCUCCGUUGCCACUCUCCUCAUGCACAUGCUGCAGGUUGACCCCCUCAAGCGAGCAACCAUCAAGGACAUCAGGGAACACGAGUGGUUUAAGGAGGAGCUGCCCAGUUACCUGUUCCCAGAGGACCCUUCUUACGAUGCCACCGUCAUUGAUGAUGAUGCAGUUCGGGAAGUUUGUGAGAAGUUUGAAUGCACGGAGUCAGAGGUGAUGAACAGCCUGUACAGUGGUGACCCUCAGGACCAGCUAGCCGUGGCUUACCACCUCAUCAUCGACAACCGGAGGAUCAUGAACCAAGCCAGCGAGUUCUACCUCGCCUCCAGCCCCCCCACAGGCUCCUUCAUGGAUGACAGCACCUUGCACAUCCCUCCUGGGGUGAAGCCGCAUCCCGAGCGGAUGCCGCCGUUGAUAGCGGACAGCCCCAAAGCGCGAUGUCCUUUGGAUGCCCUCAACACCACAAAGCCAAAACCUCUGACUGUCAAAAAGGCCAAGUGGCACCUGGGAAUCCGCAGCCAGAGCAAACCCUAUGACAUUAUGGCCGAGGUGUAUCGUGCUAUGAAACAGCUGGACUUCGAGUGGAAGGUAGUGAACUCCUACCAUCUCAGAGUGCGCCGCAAGAACCCGGUGACAGGCAAUUAUGUGAAGAUGAGCCUGCAGCUCUACCAGGUUGACAACCGCAGCUAUCUCUUGGAUUUCAAAAGCAUCGAUGACGAUGUGAUGGAGCAGAGGUCUGGCUCGUCCACGCCGCAGCGCUCCUGCUCUGCCGCUGGCUUACACCGGCCAAGGCUGAGCAUCGAUGCUGCCGCGGCCACCGAGUGCCAGUCACUGAUGGGCUCCCUGAGCGGCUCCUUUGUGGGCAGCAUCCCCUCGGUGACACCGCGCCUGGGCAGCCACACCAUGGACUUCUUCGAGAUGUGCGCCAGCCUCAUCAUGGCCCUGGCUCGCUGAUGAGUGCCACCGAGGCACCGGUCCUUCCGCACACGGUAUUGCACUGUGAGGAUCUGGUCUGACCUGUCCGUCCCUUGUUUCUUCUGCUUCGUUCCUCCUCCUCCGCCCCUCACCACUCCAGACUGUGACACAGACCCAAUUCCAGACCCAGAACAUACACCCCUCUACCAAGGCACUGAGGAAAUCAAGAACAGCUUCAUUUCAUUCACAAUACUGUGGUGAAAUGUAUCCGAUAUCCUUUUUUUGCCUGGUGAACCAAAUGGGAAAUAUUGGCAUGACUGUAAAGUAGCAAAUGUAUCACUGAUGUUUUGGAACACACCUCCCCUCUGGUUCAUCCUGAGUUAACUGAGUGCUGGCCAAGCCUUCUGAGAUACAGGCAGCAUGUGAUGAGAUUGAUGUUGUGUCCCCUUUGCUGUGCAGAGCAGGGGCAGGAUGGGCUGAGCCAGGUCAGAGGGGUCAACCAGGAGCUACAAGAAAUGGAGUGGAGGGGUAGUGAAGCAGCUCUGCAGCAUUCACACCCGGGUGCCAGCAGAGUGCCAGCCUCUGGUAACAUUUUCCUCCUAAAACUCGCAGCUGCUUAGAUGCUUCUGCACUAGUGCAAUAUGCCAUGCCCUGUUUUUUUCCCCAUGCUAAAGAUGGGAAGGUGGGAUUUGCAAAGGUCCUGUUGGAAACCUGCCAUGGAAAAUCCUGUAAGUGUCAAUUCUUUACAGAGGAAUGUCCCUGAAGAUGCUUUGUUUCUUCUCACAAGAGCCCCAGACGUUACUGACCUGCUCACCACAUUCAGAUGCGAAGGCUGCUUGCCUUUUAACCAGCCCUUAAUCAUCAUGCCCAGCCAACACGCUCACUCUCCCCUGCCACACCACCAGUUCCAGCACCUCAAUCUCAAGCAGGAGUCCAAUGAGCCACCAAUGGACAGCAAGAUGCUGAUGACCCACCUGAAAACCCAGCGCUUUGCCCGCACUUCACCCAAGGGUGGGGAUCCAGGCGAGAUGGAGCAGCAUCAUGCCGCUCCGGAGCACUUACCCCUCACCUUUCCCAUAGGAAGCCUUCGCCUGUUGUCACCAUCCUAGAACUGCUGCAGAUCUGCCUUCCUUACCUCCCUGCUCACCGCUUCAUGCUGCUGGAGGCUUGCUUUUCAUGCUGAAGGGCUCUCCCAUCCCGCUGCUGCUCACCGGACUGUGACCUUCACCACGCCACUGAUAAGGCAGGGAUAUCUGAAUCCAGAGUUUUACUCUUUCUUUACUACUGGUUACCUGAAGGAUAGGGUUUUCUUUUUUAAGACAAACUACAGGGAUUUUUAAGGUUAAAUUCUUGUUAUUCAAGAGUAAGCUCUAAUGCAUGUAUGACUACUUUGUGUAAAAGAAUUCUUAUUUUUUGAUUACCUAGGUUUAAUUUCAUGGGCCUCUGCUUGGCUUUGCUAUGGUAUUCGAUUCCAUUUACUUGAUUUCAAAGAAAGAUAAUAGUCUCAUCACUCAAGAAGAAAAUGCUUUAUGAAAACGUCGCCAAAAAUAUCCAGGGACAAACACACACGUGUUUAUUUUCUUCUCUUUUGGGGGGUUUUGCUUUAAGAAACAAAGCAAAGGGAACUUUUGCUGGUCCCAGGUAUGUGGUCAUUCAACUUAACUUAAAAAACUUUAAUCCAUCUUUUUGAUAGUUUCUUAUGACCCAUUAAGGGGUUUUGCCAGCUGUUUUGUUUUGUGUACAGUUGCACUUUAAUUUAUACUUUCUGCAAGUUUCUAUGGGAAGCAAGGAAGGGAAUGACACAUUAAGCCUUUUGUACUCAUCAUUUUAGGUAAUGAAGACAAAUACAGGAUAUUUUUGCCAUCAACUGGCAGUUCAAUGGACAUUUUCAGCUUGAAGUCCCUUUUUGUUUCCUUAAGAAACAUAAAAUUGCCUUACUUUUGUUACAGAUUACACUUGGAUUCUCACUAAACGUGACUUUACAGCUCCUAUUCUUCCAGAAGCCGCACAAAAUAGAAAGCUUCUAAACAGUUUUGCUGUUCUUGUCUGCGAAAUCCAGCACAGCAGUGGUUGGGUUAUAAACCCAGCAGCAGAACACUUUUGUUUUUAGAAGAAAUACUGGAAAUAUUUGUAGUACUCCUAGGUUUUGUAAUGAUCCUUUUAUGAUAUGAUCAUUAUUGAAUAAGUACUCUGGGGUGGAGGAUGGCUUUGGUUCCUGUCCCUGGUGGCUAUCAGAUGAUGCGUGUCUCCAGCGCUGUGGUGUGAGCAGGUCAGACCUGGUGAGGAUGGAGAAUCUAGACUCCUGCAUGCAAAAAACAGCCCACCCCAGACUCAAAGCUGAGCAGCCCACCCAGGUCUUUAGCAGCUUCCAGAUCAGUGCUGAGACAUGAGCAAAUGCUGAAUAAACAGCCCUAAUGGUUUUGGGUGCUGGAGAUAAGCCCCUUUGGAAAAGAGCAGGAGAAGGCAGCUGAGCGGCCAUAGGGAUGGACAUUCAUUUCCAUCCAGGAAAUAGCUAUGAAUGUCCAUACCCCAGCUAUGGAAUGUAUUUGAAAUGUAAAAGUGUUUUUAAAUCAUCACUCGCAACUGAGCAUCUUGCCAAGUUGCUUGUCCUGGAAACAUCUGUAGCCCGGUUGAUAAGGUGCUGGUGCAGAUUAUAUUAGAUAUAAUCUGUGGUUCAGGAGCAUAUAGAUGUACAGAUGUCUUGCCUUAAAAGGACACUUGUCCUCUGGGAUCUCCUACCCAGCAGAACUAAUAGUAUUAAACAGCAGCAAAUGUUCUUGGGAGGAUAUAUUUGCUUCCUGGAGGUGAGUGGGAUUUUGAGGUGGUAAAAUAAGCCCUUGUGGCACUUGGCAUCUUCUCAGACCCAUGCAAACAUAAACUCAUGUAUGGAUCUGCAAAACCAGUCCUGCCUAGAAGGCAAGACGAAUGGCUCAGUUUUCCAUAUGGAGAGACGCAAAGAGAAAUGAAGCAACUUUCCUGCUUGAUGUCAGCAGAGGCAGUGGAGUGAGUAGGACGGAUGGAAGUUCCUCUUUGACGAACCCAUUGGUUGAACUGUCCAUUACAGCCUUACCCAAAUCCACGCUGCAUAUUGAAAUAUUCUGAGAAGUUUCACUCUUCCUUUAAUAGUGUAUUCUUUUUACCUUCAGAUAAGCUGUUUUCUGGUUCCUAGCUGCAAAGAAGCUGCUGACCUCCAGUUAUAUUUUUCCAGAGGAAAAGAUUAACUUUUACACUGUUACACUGUGGUCAGGUUUGGGUUUUGAGUUAAUGCUGGUACAUGCAUGUGCAUCGGAAAAGCAGGGAAGACAUAUCUGAAUUACAGAAACUUGAAUUACUCCAAGUGCAAUUCUUCAAAAGCCUCUGGACAGCUGUGCUUUGCAAGCCACAAACUCACCCAAACUUCGCUUCAGCCCAAACGGGAGAGAGACAAAAUGCAAAGGAUGUAGAGGUCAGAAUAGGUUCCAGAAUUAACCUCCAGCUCUUGGGUGAGUGCAUUCAGAAAUAGCUUGUAUUGUAUUAGUUGGAAAACAUAUAUAUGUAUGCAUAUAUAAUAUAUACAUAUAUAUAUAUUUAAAAAUGUGGUUAGCAUCCCUGUCAGUGGUCUCUCAGUUUUAUUUGCCCAGCAGCAUAGGUGUGUGCCCUGGAUACCUGCCAUCGCACACACUAAUCUGAGCAUGCGAGAGGACCUGGAGAAAAGGGAUGGUAUUUUUACACCCUCUUCUAGAUAAAGCCCAUGAGUAGCUUAGCUGACCCCAUUGGACCCAACACAGCCUUGUCUGGGAAAGGGAGGAGCGGAGCCACGAGUAUCCUGCCCUUCCACACUCCCUGGACAAAGCCCUGGUGUCAAUGGGGUUUGGGGCACUGUUAUUUUCGGGAGUCAAAGCUGAGCAGGCAAAGGCAGAGGGAUGUUUAUUUCCUCUUAACAGGUCAGAAAUGCAUCUUCAGUGCGUGUCCAAUUGAGCUUCUCAUAAGGUGUGUACAAGCACAGGGGUAUAUAUACGGGCAGUGUUGUAAAAAACUUAAGCAAGUGGUUGGUAUCUGUUGUAUAUACAUUUUUUUUGUGUGACUAUGAUGCCAUUCGUAUUGGAAUAGAUGAAGUUUGAACAAAAUAACCAUUCUGUCUACUCCUGUUCAUUUUACUGCUCUUUACCAUCAGUCAUCUUGUGUGCACCCAAUGGAGAAGGAAGAGAGACCUAUACACGGUAUGUGAAAUCGUGCCUUCAACAUACAUUAGGACUGCUGGAAGUCGCAGCUUUAUUUCAAGAGGUGCACAGAUUCCCCAUCUUAUGCAGAAUCCCACCAGUGAGACAUGCAGGCCGUGUUUCUGAAUACUUGAAGUACCAUUUGUUAUGCAAUUAUUUGGCUUCACCCUUUUAUUAGCUGGGGGAAGAAGAAUGGCGCAUCCCUCCCUUUGGAUGAGCCAAACCGAUCCUUGUUCCAGCUCCUGCAGUAUUUUACAGGAAAGUUUUAGGAUCUGUUUUUAUUUCAGAUGUAUGCCUACUAGAGUCACUUUUCUUAAGAUCUUACUUUGAUAUGGGCUUUCCAUUUAGUGCUUUCCUUUGGCUUCCUUUUAUAUUCCUCUUCAUCAUUCACUUAGAAGAAAAGCAACAGCUUCCUGUAAUUGUGAAUUUCUAGCCUGCCUCUUGGACACAGAGGUACCUAACUCCCAUGCCUGAGAGGUGAACUGGUGUUCAGAAUUCCCACAUUAUAAAGCACUGACUUUUGCAGAUAGCAAACCUGGCAUUAUGUGUAUUCGAUGCACAUAUCUUUGCUCGUUCUCAUCACCAGAAUUAGGAGAACUGGACAGUAAAUCAGAGCUCUAGGUGCAAAGUAUGAGCACACUUUUGGUGUUAGAAAAAGUCCGUUUUCAACAAAAGCCUUGAAAUUCCUGCUGAAGCUGCCUUAUUUAAAAAUCAGUUUAUUUGUAAGACUCAUCUCCUUUUAUUUCAAGUUUUGAAUAGUUUGUUUAACCUCAUCUCACAAAGCUGUGAAGUAAUACUGUAGACAUGGUACUAUUUAUUCUUGUUGCUGAAAGCAUGUUCAUGUGUUCUGUAUCAUGUUAUAUUCACGUGGUUUGUACCUCAAUGCGUUUGUGGGGUUUGUUUUUUCUUUCAGAGCACAAAGCAAAACUGAAUCCCAGGAUAACUGUAGUGGCCAUGGCCCAGCAUCUUUGGGCAGACAAACCUCAGCUCUAGGAGAGAGGUGAACCAGACUAGUCUAUUGCAGUUUUUGGUUUGUACUAUAAGGAGUAUUUAUGAUUUAUAGUAUGUAUUUAUGGUUAUUUUUUGGUUAAAAUACUGAACUUUAAAAAGCUCUGAGUAGAAGAAUCCAGUCAAACAUAUCUUUAAUGUGAAGCGCACAAAAAACCCCGAGCUCUACAAAUACCCCAUCCUUCUUGGUAUUUUCUAUUUUGUCAGCUGAUGGACUGGAGAAGGUUUGGGUUUCAAAUGAAUUGUUAUAGUACUUUCUGGGGUGAGCUUUUGGGUACAGAGCCUAGGUUCAGUUUUGUCCUUUGUGCAAGUAACUGUGCAUUAGAAUAAUCACAACGAAGCCUUUUACCUCCCAUUUAUGGUGUGGAAAGUGUUUCUCGGUGUACUGCACUGCAUGUGAUUGAUAGCUGUCUCCAUGGUUGACAUUUGCACUUUAAUAAACUCGGAGAUGAAAAGAGGCAAAAGCAACAAAUCCUUAAAACU